AUGCAAGGCGUGGUCGUGGUUGAUCCGUUCUCGUCGGGGCUGUGCCUUGCCCAGCUUGCGAUGGAGCGCGGGUUCGCGUGCAUCGCUGUCUUUAGCGACGCUGAAGACAACCUUCAAGACUUGCUCGGCCAUCUUCCCUUGGCCGUCCGUCGCAGCUUUGCCGCCGCCAUAUUUCGGGAACCUACCAUGACGCUAGACCAACUUGUCAGCACUGUUCGUUCGGUUGGCUUCGAGAUUGUAGGAGUCUUGGCCGGUGCCGAGCCUGGGGUGUGCCUCGCCGAUGCGCUCUCGGAAGCGUUUGGAGUUCGAACGAAUGGGUCAGCAGGGUCGGCCGCACGUCGCAACAAGUAUGUUAUGGGGGAAACGAUCCGCGCAGCGGGACUUCGUGCAAUCAAGCAAUGUCAAGCUCUGUCAUGGUCUGACGCCGAGCGAUUUCUUCUCAAAGAAUUCCCCUCGUCGUCGUUUGAUGCGAUUCUGAAGCCUCUCGAGUCGGCCGGAAGCGACGAUGUGUUCCUCGUGCACUCGAUGGCCGAGGCCAAAGCAGCGUUCGAUACAAUCGUGGGCAAGGUGAACCAUUUGAGGCUCACGAACACAAGCUGCCUCGUGCAGGAAUACUUGGCUGGCUCUGAGUAUGUCGUCGACACUGUCAGUCGCGAUGGCAACCACAAGGUUAUUGCUGUGUGGGAGUACGACAAGCGUCCGAUCAACGGCGCGGCCUUCGUCUACUUUGGCGUGUGGCUGCGCCCAGUCACGUGCCACAAAACGCUUGCGCUCGUCAAGUACGCUCUGCAAGUACUCGAUGCUGUCGGCAUUCGCAACGGCCCAGGCCACGCUGAAAUUAUAUGGACGAAGGGCAACGAACCGUGCUUGGUCGAGGUUGGAGCCCGAUUGCACGGACGCAAUGGCACGGACAUUCCGAUUCUCAUGCGAUCGCAAGGGUACAGCAUCGCGAGCGCCACAUUGGACGCGUACUUCAACCCGUCGGCGUUCCACCUCCUGCCGCAAAUUCCAUCCAACCUGCGUGCCCAUGGCGUCAAGGCGACGUUGGUAUCCUACGACCACGGAACGCUCAAAGAUAUGCCAGGUCUGCGGGAGAUCGAAAUGAUGGCAUCAUAUGUUGAAACUCGAGUCGAGUCGACGUCGGGGGUCGUCGUGACGCCCACCAUCGACGCGUUUACAACUCCCGGGACUAUCGCCGAAUCCGCGAGCUAG